GAGUAGGCUCGGUGACCAACGGUGCCGACCGAGUUCGUCCUGCAUCUGGUCGCGCCAGGGAGAUGGACUGGGGCCUGCUGCUGCGAAGACUGACCGCGGGCGCGGCCGAGGGCCAGGGCCAGUGCCUGUACGCGGCGGUGCACAACAUCCAGACGGGAGCCUGCAUCGCCUACGAGCCUCCGGAAAUAUGCCCGGGAGUGUCCGAGUCCGAGGUUUGCGAGCUCGCGUCGUCGCACCGGGAUCCUCUGCGCAUGUACAGCGGUGGGGUGAGCAUCUGCAGACUGCGGUUCACCUUCCUCAAGAUGGAAGGCAAGAACGUCGUCCUGCUGCGCAGGCCGGACGCGAAGUGCGCCGUCGGAUUCGCCAACACCGUUCUCGUUGUCGCUGUAUACUCGGUCCACGAGCCGUCCAAGUUGGUCGUUCCCAAGCUUCAAGAGAUGUGCACCAUGCUAGUUCAACAGUGUUAUUGAAAUAUAUUCACGCUCACACCGAAGAAAAAAUAAAUGUAAGAAGAUACUGCCUUCUUGUUGUUCAGUGAUCACAACCUCGACAACGUGGACAAGACUGAAAGGGACGGAACAUCAGGUCUCCAAGCAUUGGAAACAGGCAUCCACUGGGAGAUGUAGAGUGCCGUCCCUAAAUAACCUACCCAAAUCAGGCCAAAACGGCAGCCCUUCCAAUAAAUAUGUUUAUUCAUUCAUUUGCACUGUCGCAUUGAGUUGGGAAACUGCAUGCACUGUCUUACUACGGCACAGAACUCAAUUCGCAUAUUUUACUCGGCAUACGCCGCCGUUACACUCUGUAAUAUAAUGAAUGCAUCCUGACGUUGAAUGGUACUACGCCGCUUUUCUUUUAUUUGCGUGUUUUACAGAGCGAUACGAAAUAAAUAAAUUACAUCCGAGCGGCCGGUGCCCUAAGCUCUCGCCAUUGUAGCUAUGAUUGGAGUCCGACACUUGAAUGACG